AUGCUUGUUUCAGCAAAGGCAAAGUUCCAUAUUGGUCUUAUUUCUCAAUAUUGGUACACUAAUUUAAUAGUAGAUUCAAUACUUGCAAAUGAGUCUACAAUUGUAUCAAUUUUAAAUGAAGAUUAUA